CGGUGAGAGGGUCUUGCAUAUUGAUGCUUUUAGGGGGUCUGUUUUCCUUUCGGUGAAGGUUUAGGUGAUAGAGGUGAAAAAGCCAUGCUUUCUGUUUCUGAUCCACAGACUUUUAGUCUCAUCUUGGAUUGAGAGGGUCAGGGAGUGGGGAGGAAGUAGAGAUGGACAUGGCAAAGCAUGUGGAUAACCGACAUUCCAGACAAGAAAACAUCAUCAACAUUGUAGAACGGUUCCUGUGUUGCUCUUGCUUCCGAACUGUUGAAAAUGACUGCUUGGAGUACAGUCAGGAAAAGCCACAAAAUCCCAAACCUGUCGUGGUAGAGGAGAAUGUCCAUGUCGUUGUUGAAGAUUUGGGAAUAGACAACCCUGGAUUUAGCCUUGCUGAAGUUAAGCGCUACGGGCCACCACAACAGAUCACUAUUGGCCGCUCUGCUAGUUCUGUGUCCGUGUGCCAAAGAGCAGCGCUAAAGAAGAAGCUUGCACCACUUUCUUCUUUACCAUUUCAGUCCAGAGUGAUCCAGAACAAUGAGGAUGACUCUGCUGUUGACUCUCUUCUGUAUGGUUCUGGCAGCAUUAAUGUUGAAGAUGGUGGUCUUCUCACACCACCAGUCAUUAACCUCAUACCUCCGACACCUUCCGACGUAAUAGAUGACGACCAGUUCUUUGAAAUAAACUCAGAAGAAGAAAGUCUGCAGCAAACUUCUGGCAGUGAAGGAGUGGACAGUAUCGGCAGUGCUGCUACAGGAGAGAAGGAAGGGGAGGAAGAUGUAGACCAAGAUGUGGAGUUUGAAGGUAACCAUGAGACCAAAACUCAAGAACGUCCACAGGUGGAGCCUCAAGACACAACCAAGAAGAAUAGCAUGGACAAGUCUACAAUUCCCUUCCUGCGCAGCUCCUUUCAAGUACCCCCACUUCCUGAAUACCCACGAAAAAGAAGCCUCAAUACUGGAAUCAGUUUGCUGCAGUUCACUGAACAUAAUCUGGAUGACCUGAGUGACAAGGAUGCCAGCAGCCACGAGUUGCUAAAGGAAGAGUUGAGGCUACUACCGCUGAGCAGUAAGAUAAGUAUGCUAACCCACCAAAAGAAACUAGCCACUAGGUCCUGUAGUUUGGACGAGACGGUGGCGAAAAGUCACACCUUUCACUCCACAUGCCAAGGGCAAAGUGAAAUUCUUGAAGAUGAAGAAUCCCCACGUCAGAGAAGGAUAACUGUUGCAUCCUACAUUCCCCAAUCAAUGGAUCACACUGGAGAAAGUGCAGUGAAGCAGGAUUCUAAUGGGUACAGUGCCAAAACUUUAGCAGGGCUGAACACGGAGGAGGUCUGCCAGUGGUUUAGUAAUAUUGGUCUACAGAAAUGCCUGCCCUUCAUUAGAGAGGCAGAGUUCAGUGGAUCUCACAUCGCUUCGAUUGAUCUCCACACCCUUGAAAUUCUUCAAUUGUCCAAUCUGGAGGAGAGAGAGAGGCUGCUGUCUGCCAUCUACCAUGAGUUACACCCACCAAACGCCACCACCCAAAGACUCAACUCCCUCCUGGAAAGGGUUGGUCCACACAAUGUUGAGAAAUUUACAGCGGCUUUGGUGUCCAUGACCAAGUCAAAAUCUUCUCCUCAAGUCAGCAGCAUCAAUAUGAACAGAUGCUCAUUCAAAUUCAGACAGAAAGAACAAAAUGCUAGAUUUCAGAAGAACUCCCAUCUCAUUGAAAUCACAGUCAAUGCAUCAGAACGUACUGUUCACUUAAGGACACCCAAAGACACAAGUUUGGGAAAGGUAAUGGAGUCCUGCCUGAAGAUGCUGGGAAUUAAUGAAGACAAAGAUCACUUUAAAAUAAGAAGCAAUGAAGAUGAGUUCUCCCCUGAGCAGCAGAUUGGAGAUUUGCCUGGCUCAGAAACAAGACUAAUGGAGCUUCACUUAUGUAGGAAGAAAGAUGGUCCUGGUUCCCCAAAUAACAUUUGUACCACUGAUAAUAUUAAGAGCAAAAAUCUGCUAAACAACACCGGCAAGAUUCGAGAGCUUAACCAACAGGUGGCCUCCCUUCAAAACGUCAUCAUAGAGGUUCAGGAGCUUUACCAUGGACUGGUGGCCUUCUGUUCAGAGCUGAAGAAGAUGGAGGGGGACAUGGAUGCAGUCCAAACAGACAGUUUGGAAGUGAAGAGGCUCCUCAGUGAAGCCCAAGACAGUCUUAAGAGGAAGAGACAGAGCCUUCAAACACUCAGGGAAAAUCUUAACACAGCACCAGUGCAGAAGAAUAAGCCUUCAGAGGUCCGACUACUGGAGAAGAUGAGGCUAAAUUGCCAGGUGUUUAAAGAUGAGAUCACACUGGUCUACCUAAAUCGGCAGGUGGCUCACCUGCGUGAAGUUCUAGAGAAGACCCAGGCCAAGGAGAAAGCUGAAAUAAAGAGUCCUACUCUGACUCAGCUAGUCUCUUUGCAGUCUCCUGUCAUGCUGGUGGCCACCCAAGUGAAAGCAGACUCAGACGGUCAUUAUGGUUUCUCUGCACACUGUGUAGAGGGCCAGGGAUUGAUGGUGGUACACACUGAGGGUGCUAGUCUCUGUCGGAAUGACAGGCUGGUGGAAGUAAACGGAGUGAGCGUCUUGGGGAGCAGUGAGGACGAGCUGAAGUUGCUGCUCAAGACACACAUUGCCCACAUCAUUGUCUUACGCCAACUGGCCCAAGAGCUUUCACAGGAAGACCCUUCUGGCCUGAGUGAUCACCAGGACAUGUCAGAAAACACAGUCAGACGCAUCUGACACAAUCACAUCUGAUGUUUUAUCCCACUUAUUUAUCGUAAUGACAUUUGUCUUGUCUAGAAGAGGUUUAUAUGUUUAACCUGCAUUACAUUUUCUGGGUCAUUUCGGGGCAGUUUAAUUUUUGGGAGGGUAUGACUUCAUGUUUUGGGUUGAUAGUAAUGUAACAGCCAUAGUCUCAAAUAAUGGGUGGGUCAGUCAAAAAAUUGCUCAUAAAAAUGGCAAUUGCAUGGGAAAAAGGCAUUCUGAAUUCUAAAUUGCAUUGAUCCAUGAAGGUCAAGUUAGCAAAAUAAAUCAUUGUCAAAACUUUCACUUUGUACAGGCAGCUGUGGUGAAAUGGAAGGCAUGGAAACUUUUAAGACUGACGUUAAUGAGAAUAUAGAUAUCAAAGCUAAACCUUUUGAAAAUAGCUAAAUAUUUAUUUCCAUGAAAAUGUCUCAUGUAGUAAAAACAAAUGAACCACUUGCUUGUAUUAACACGAUGUUAAAGGGGGUUUUUAUUUUUAUUUUAAUUUUUUAUUAAUUUAUAACUUUGUACUUUUAUGAAGAGGUCUGAUUAAUGUGUAUUACAAUAUGUGAAAACCUACAAGCAGCAACCAUAGAUUAUUUCACAGAAAUCUGAGAACAAAAGAAAAUAUAUAUGUUUUUUCCUACAUCUCUCUUGGAAAAACAGAAGAGACUUGUUCAGGUAUGGAAUAUGCUGUCGGGAAGGGCUCAAUCUGUGCUCUGAUCUGACAUUUUUGAAGUGUUUUUAGUAGAUUAAGGCAAAAUCUAUGUUAAAGGAAAGCCACACACACACACACACAAAGUGUGACAGAUGUGCUUUUUUAGCCUCACAUCUUGAUGCCUCUGUGGACCGCAUAUAUCCGGUCUUGUGGUUCAACCUUGUGGGUUUCAUUGUAAGCCUAUUAAUAAAGAGACUGGGCAUUCUAACUGGCAAGUGGGACCCGCAAAUGGAGGGAGGUGACCUGACCCAUGAUCUCUUGACCUUUGUGGUGGAAUUAUGUGGUCAUGUGAAUCUAACUGUGGGAGUUGAAGAAAAUCUUGAGGAAAGGAAUUCUGCCAUUACUGACAAAGUGGAAGUGAAUUACACUGUGCGUAAGUAUGUUCAAGUACAGUGCAUGAUUCAUUUGCCAUUGUUCAGACUGUGUUCACAGAGUCAGUUUUUCUCAUAGGCAGCUGAAAUGUACUUUGCAUAAACACUAAUCCAUGGUACAACUAAUACAUUCAUCAAAACUGUCAUUUCCGUCAGCAAACAAAUAUGCCUUCGGUGUACUGGCACAUGGGAAGUAUUAAACAAUCAACAGGAACUGUCCAUCCAAACUUUAUGCGAUAAAGAUAAAACAUGAUUUAGCUGCACAAACUGUUCACACAAGGGAGGGCAAUCCAAACACACUUUCAUAAACAGUGCUGCUGGCAAGGAAAGAAAGACAUUGUGGGAUUCUCAAUAGCCUACGCCCUUCCCCACCCUCUCUAGUCGUGACAUGUCUCCUAAAAAUGCUCUGUCUUUAUUUUCUUUUUGAUAAAGGAAGAUAACCAACCAAUCAUAAGAAUAAGGUAGUGAAGAUUUAUUUAUAAUAAUAUGAAAAUCAUAACUAGUUGUGCAAGAAUUUAAAAAAGCAUGAAAAUAGAAUAAAAAAAAGAACUCUUCUAACAUUAAUGAAUAACUACACAGGAACAAAUGAGUAAAGCAAUAUUAACAUUCUAGAUACUCUGAUUAACUAAUUAAGUAGAGCUCAGUUGAAUGAACUAGGUCACUAUUAGCUAAUCAACAACCUUACAAAAACCUCAAAAGCGUACAAUGACUUCAGUCAUUACUAUGGAGUUACCAUGUUUUUCACUUUAAAAUACUGUUCCAAAUAAUUCGAAAUUCCUUCUGAAGGAUUUGGUAAUACAUGAGUCAUUACUAAUGGGUUAUCAUGAUCUUUACUUUAGAAUUAAUGAUAAAGUAUACAUUAUUUACAUUAAUUAUGAGCCUGUAUAGUAGUUCUUUUAAGUCCUCAGGGAGGAAUGAAAAAAUAGUGAUUAGCUAAUAGUGAACUAUACCUCAUUCAACUAAGCGAACCACGUUUGUCCAUAGCUAUUCAUUAAGGACUAAACAGAAUUCUAAAGUGCUACUAAAAGAAAUUGUGCCAAGAAAUAUUGAAUAUAUCUAUAUGGUGAAAACAGUUCUCUCGUCGCUUGAGGGCAAAACAUGUUUUUGUUUCAUGUGUUUGAUUGUUUUUUUCUUUUAUUUCUCUGACAAAAAACAAGUCUGGUAACUAUAAAAAAGACACAUGGCCCAAAGCCUAAAAUUAUUAUUAAUCUCUUAAUCAUCAAGAUAAAAGCUGCAGUGUGAACAGAAUGUGCUGAUUGACAGUGAAGAUCAACCAUAACAAACAAGAAAAUGUGUUCAUUAUUGCAAAUUAUUAGCAUUUUUGCAACUAGUUGAUCAUAUAUAUUUAGUUUAAUUUGCCCCUAACAGAGUAUCUGUUCAUUUUAUGUUUAUUUAACACAUGUUCAAAUGAGCACUGUCCUAAUUGCGUUGUAUCUUUCUUUUCUUACUCUGCAGUUCUUGAAAUGCGUCCAGACCUGUCAUCUGUGUGUGGAAGACGUGAGGAUGCCACAGCAUGAAUAUUCCCAUCAUCACAGCAGGCAUUGCUCCAGUGCUGACUGUCAGACAUAGCUGCUAAAGUUUAUGGAGCAGAAACAUUUGCCGCAUACAGACGUAUGGCGCAUUUCUGAGGGAUCGCCUUCCCUCUGGCCAAAAACCUCCAUAUAUGCAUUCUGUUAGGAUCUGAAGCCAAUAAAAAUAGUUUGGCCUCCUUAAGGGGGGAAAAGUUUCUCUUUAACAAAUGGAGGGGGCAGUUCGGCAUUUCUGAGCUGUUUUUUUUUUUUUUUUUUGGUUGGUGUUGAAGCAAAGUGAGGGUGGCUGUGGCUUUUCGAGGCUUUCUGGUAGUCUGUACUUCAACUUAACAGCCAGUGCAAUACGUCCAAAGGACAUGGCAUGUGUGCGUACCCAAUUCAAAGACUAUAUCAGUUCAGUCAGCAGGGCCGUUGACGUAUCGGUUAACAUGGGCACGUUUAUCCUUGUAAUGCAUAUGAUGUGUGUUGUUAGUGUCAGUUGAUAUUUAAAUAUAAACCCAGAGCGUUUCGACCUUAUGGUGUGUGUACAGAGUUAAACAGCUGCAGACAAUCGAUCCAAGUACACACAAUUUAGCCUUCUAUCCUUUCACUCCCUCUUUACAUCCGAAUGAGUCAUUCAAGGCAAGGACAUUUAGACAUUUCGAUAUCUGCCAAGUUCCAUAAUGACCUGCUAUGACAAUCUUGUCUCCAUUUACUCCAAACAUCACUGGAUAGACUCACGUAGCGGCCAAAAUGGGUCACUAAAGAUGAUGGAAAGGAGUCUGUUAUUAACAACAUAUGCUAUUUUAGCAUAUAUGCAUUUUUGGAUCAGUACUUAUAGGAGGAAGAUGUACUAGUUGUGCACUCUUGCAUUGCGCUUGUUGGCUGACCCUUGAAUCGUACAGUAACACCCCUGGGCGUCUGUUCUGUUUUAGGAUUGUAGAUAUGACCAUCUACAGCCUUCCAGAUAAGCAGAAGCAGACAUCUAUCUCUCUCUCUCUCUGAACUCAGCACUUCCAGGUUCAUCUCUCUUCCUUCUGCCCCCAUAACACGAGCCCCACUCCUGCCCACCCGACAUUUAAAGAGCUCCUGGCAUGUGUUUGAAGUUAGUGUAGGCAUUAGCUCUGGUUUCCUGCUUCAAAUCCCUAUGCAGGCCCAAUAAAGGUCUGUAGGUUGAAAAUUCACUGAAGUGGAUUACUCCCUGUACAAAAAUAUAAUACAAACAAACUUGGCAUUUACUGGCUAUUAUGAAGAAAUAUCUGGCACCCAGUGACCUUCUUCCUCUCUAUGGUUAGUCUGAGAUGUCUAUUCAGACAGCACCCUUUGUAAUCUCUAACUGCCUCAAUAUCAGUUUAUCGACAGCUGCCCAAUUGAUUAAAUAACACAGUCUCAAGACAUCAUACAACUGACUCUUUUGACCAUACGUCAACA